AGUUUCGGCUCAGCGUAUUGAGCACGCCAAGUGAUCCGGAGGUGCACAAUCCUGAGGUGUGUGUUUCCUCAUGAAGAAGGUUGCAGGAGCCGCGCUGUGUGUGUUGGCACUCACCUUGGCUGGCUGCGGAAACGACGGCACGAGCCCGGGAACGGGAACGACGAGCAGCACCACCACCACCCAUCCGAACCAGCCAGCAGGUCCCAUCGAUUGCCCGGCAGACUUGAAGCGCGGGCACUGCACCAAGUGCUACUACACCGGUGGCGCCAGCGGCGAGACUCAAUGCCAGGGAUGCUCUGACCCCUACAAGCUCAACGGCCAGGCCUGCACGGUGUCCUGCUCUGACAUGCCGGCGCCUGCGGCCAAGCCCGGCAUGCCCGACUCCGCCAUGGCUUACAACGGCAUGACUUGGCCAUCGCUCUGCUUCGACGAGGACGAGAUCCACUUCUUCACUGUCGGCGACUGGGGCGGCGUUUGCUCCUGGACGGACGGCAAGUGCACGGACUCCAGCAAUCCCUACGCCGCCAAACAGCCGGAUCUCAAGGGCAAGCCCUGGCCAAUGCCCAACCGCCAUGGGGCGCCCUUGCAAGAGCCCAUCGACUGGAUGGCCCAGGGCCUCGUGGCGGAUCGCAUGAAGGAGAAGGUCGCGGAGCUCAAGAAGGAGGGCAAGGCGCCAAAGUUCAUCCUCAACGUAGGGGAUAACUUCUACCCGGGGGGUGUGGACACGCACUGCGACAACGGCUCCCCGCACGACGCCGUGUUUACGCAGUCGCAGUUCUCACAGAUCUUCGAGCAGGUCUACCCCGUGGAGGACCUGGGCAACAUCGAGUGGUGGAGCGUUCUUGGCAACCACGACUACGGAGGUGUGUGCUACAUCAAGGGCUGGGACCAGCAGAUCUUUUACACCUUCAAGCCCGACGGACGCUGGGUGAUGCCGGCGCAGUACUGGCACCGCAAGGUGCAGUUCCAAACGUUCAGCGUGGACUUCUGGUUUCUGGACACCAACAUCCUGGACACCCAGAACCCCGCGGACAACCCGGACCACAACCUCUGCUCCGCGAGGAGCAAUCCCGGCCUGCACUGCGAGAACACGAGGUACCCGGCGAGCAACGGUUCGGACCCGGCCACCUGCUCAGCUACCGGGCCCACCAGCCCCGAUGACUGCGUGAAGUGGUUCGAGAAGCUUUGGGCGGACCAGAAGACGUGGUUCACGGCCGCCGUGGCGAAGAGUGACGCGGACUGGCAGAUCGUGGUGAUGCAUCAUCCACCCAGCUACACGCCGGGCAGGGGCGCGAGUGUGCUGCACUGGGCGGACAUCGCCCGCUCGGCCGGCAUUGACCUCAUCGUGUCUGGCCAUAAGCACGAGCAGAAGGUGUACUACCAGAGGGCCACGGGCGGAGCGGACCUCGAGGACACCGCCUGGGUGAUCACUGGCGGUGGUGGCGGUGUCACCGCCGAGAUGCUGCCGACCAGCUCCGGCUACGAUGACGCGUAUGGCUUCAUGGACAUGAGCAUCUCCCUGAACGAGUUGGAGAUUGCGGCCAUCUCCCACGGGGGCGUCAACGGCAAAUACAUCGAGCGCUCCAGGACGAAGGUGGCCCCACGUCUCAAGCCAAGCGUGGAUGCAGUGGACGAUAUGGAGAUCACCGUCUGAGCGACGGACGCUCAGGCGCUGAAAGGACUUGCCUUUGAGCCUGCCUUCGGACCUCGCCUUUCAAGGUUCCUGCGAAUCGGAGCCCGCACUCGAGUUGCAAGCUGGUGGUUGUGACAUUUGGGGUC